GUGGAUUCGAUACCCCUGACAAAGUCUGGAAAGAAAGACCGCGCUGCCAUCCGGAAGCGGCUCGAGCAGCAGACUCUGAGUGAGCAGAGCACCGAGCAGGCUGAGCAGGCCAGCAUGACGCCAGAGGAAGAACGCGUUGCCGAAGCCGUCAAAGAGGUGCUGGGCCGCUCCAUCGAUCGCAACACGAGCUUUACACAGGCUGGUGGCCACUCGCUGGCUGCCAUGAG